AUGGAGAAUCAAACAAUUGUAUCUUACUUUCUGCUCCUGGAAUUCUCCAAAGAUCGUCAUCUGCAGCUUCUACAUUUCUUCUUAUUCUCCAUAUUAUACCUGGGAACUGCAGCAACAAAUCUUUUCAUCAUCUCUGCAGUAGUUGUUGACCAUCGACUACACACACCAAUGUACUUCUUUCUAGUGAAUUUGGCUGUGCAGGAUAUGGGUAUUGUUUCAGUCAUUGUUCCCAAAUCCAUGAUAAAUUCCCUCAUGGAUGCCAGACACAUCUCUUACUUUGGUUGCGUUGCACAAGUCUUGAUCUUUGUCUGUUUUGAAGCUUCUGAUUUAUCCCUCCUGACAGUCAUGGCAUAUGAUCGGUAUGUUGCCAUUUGCCACCCACUGCACUAUGAAAUGGUAAUGAAUUGGAAAGCCUGCACCAAAAUUGUGAUCCUGGUGUGGGUGGCAAGUUUUCUCUAUGCAAUGUUGCAUACCUGUGGCACUUUUUCUACUCCUUUCUGUUCUAAUGUUGUCAAUCAGUUUUUCUGUGAGAUUCCACAAUUGCUAAAGUUAUCAUGUUCUGGAUUUAGUCUAAUUGAAGCUGGAGUUAUAUUUGUGAGUAUCUCUGCAACAUUUGGUUGUUUUAUUUUUAUUUUUGUCUCAUAUACUUUGAUCUUCAAGGCAGUGUUGAAAAUCCCUUCUGUGAAAGGAAGACAGAAGACUUUUUCCACUUGUCUUCCCCAUCUUAUUGUCUUUUCCAUUUUUUUGGUACCUGCAUGCUUAGCAUAUCUGAGACCAUCUUCUAACACUGCAACUUAUUUAGAUUUUGCAUUAACUGCCCUAUAUUCUUUAUUUCCACCAUUUUUCAAUCCUAUCAUCUAUAGCAUAAAAAAUAAGAAAAUCAAGUCUGUGCUGUCUAAAUUGUGUAGAGUCUGA